AUGCUUAGAGUCGCUAGAUGGUUUUCACUUCUGAGGCGACUAUGGGCACUGAAGUCGCUUGUUGAUGUGCAAUUGAAGCCUGACAACUACCAGGCUACUAUCACCAAGUAUGGUUGGUUUCUUGUACCCAAGACCCAUGUUUCUGAUGGCUGGACGCUGGCUGAGUUGAAUAAGGUACUUGAAAAGCUACCUGAACUCAAGGACCAAGAUGACAAAGCACCCUUGACAUUUGAGGAUCCUAGAUACGAGAAAGUUCAGGAGAAGAUCGAUGAGUGGGCAGAUACUGUGGACCUCAAAAAGAUGCCUAAAGUGGCCGUGCAAACAGCAAAACAAAAAAGGGAAGCAGCAAAUCAAAUGCUAUAUAUUAAACAGUCCCUUGGGCAUACGCAGUCAAGACCAAAGUCUGGUGGAGCCGACACGAGGGCCAAACAUGAAAGAGUAACUUUUACUCAUGCAUGGAACUACUUCAGAAGCAUCAAGGGCUCUGAGUUUCGAGAGAAGGGCGAGCCAAACGAUCUGAAGAAGAUUUCGAAGAUGUGGGCUCAGUUGAGUUAUAACGAAAAGAACGUUUAUAGAGAGCAGUAUGUGGAACUUCUCAAACAGGGAAAGGAAGUAUUCCAGGGCGAACUCGUGGACCGGAGAGUGAAGGAAGAGUUCAAUCAGCGGAAGAAAGAGGGUAUAGGAAAAGGGAAAGGGCGAAGAAAAAAGUCAGCUUCCGAGUGA